UCUAUUGCGAUUGUGAUUUAUUUGUCUUUGGAUGUGUACGCAUUAUUAUAUGCUUUAUGGCUGUUGAGCUUUAUUGUUAAAAACAGACAAUCCGUUUCAAUUUAUUGGCCAUAUUUUGUAAUAUUUAUGUAUUUAAUAAUACUAUUUAAAUAUGUGUUGAGUAUUGAAACAAUAUUUAAUCUCGCUUCUGACAUUCCAUGGAAAACAAUCAAUAUUAUGGAUAAUGCAACAAUACAAUUAUACGAUGACGGCUAUAGCGCUUGGAUACGGCCAUUAAUGUCAUUUGAUUUUAUAUUGUUAGUUUUUGCAUCACAUCAAUUGACAGUUUUUAGAAAAGAGAGAUCGCGAAUAUCACAUGGAAACCAUUUUCAAGAAAAUGACGAUACAACAAAUAAUAAACAAAACGACAACACAUUGUAUUUGGGCGUUUUGAAAAAAAUUAUUUUCCAUAAUUCUAUGUGGUUAAUUUUAUUUUUCAUAUUUUGGACCGGUACAAGUCAUAUUAACAUAUUUUCUCUUGGCUAUUUAUGUGCUGGUACUAUAUUUUUUUGGAAAGGUACAUACUAUUUUCUAAUGCCAUUGGAUAUGAUACUUAAAAUUUGGAAUGGAUUAUUGAAAUUCACAAUUAUAGUGAUAUCUAUAAAAGUACUAUUACAUCUAUUAGGAUGUUUGAUUUUAAACUAUUUUGAAUGGCAUUCGUGUAUUUUUAUGCGUGUUUUUUCAAUAUUUUGUUGUGUACAAACUUCAGAAGAACGUAAAUUUGAUUUGUUUAACAAUGUUUUAUCUGUCUAUUAUUUACUAAUCGUAUUAUUUUUUUUUUAUUAUUAUUAAAUUAGAAAUAUGUGGUACAUCAAAAA